AACAAACAAUCUAGAACUAGAGUGGAGGCUCAGGCAAGACAUCCAACUCCAGAAGCUUCGAUUCAUCCCAAUGAGUCCUGAAACCUACUAAAACCCUUCACCCUACUAAAACCCUUCACCCUUCCAUUUUCACACAUCUUCCUUCAAAGUUCUUUACAAAACCCUCUUUCUCCCCAAACUCAAUCUCCCCAAAAUUACUGGUACAACUUAAUUAACCAUCCCAAAAAUGCACAGAUUAUCCCGCCGCUCAGUUUCUGGAAUCUUCCGCAAUGGUGGUUUUCAUCACCGAAAUGCUGUGGUUUCAUCUCUGUCUUCAACUUCUCCCCUAAACCAUCCUGAGGCUGAGAGAAAGACGGAUAAUAAACGGUAUUCAUCUUUUGCAUCAAGCAAAUUCUAUGCUUCUGGCUCAUCUUUUACUCCGUUGGCUCGCCGAUAUGAGUCCACUGCUGCUGCGUCUGAUUCAUCUAGUGUACCGGUUGAGAAGUACGAGUAUCAAGCAGAGGUUAGCCGACUGAUGGAUCUUAUUGUAAACAGCCUGUAUAGUAAUAAAGAGGUCUUCCUUAGAGAGCUGAUCAGCAAUGCAAGUGAUGCGCUGGACAAGCUGCGGUUUCUUAGUGUAACGCAACCUGAGCUUUCCAAGGAUGCUGUUGAACUUGAUAUUCGUAUCCAAGCUGACAAAGAUAAUGGGAUCAUCACAAUCACUGAUACUGGGAUCGGUAUGACACAUCAGGAGCUUGUAGAAUGCCUGGGAACAAUUGCACAAAGUGGAACAGCGAAGUUCCUUAAGGCAUUGAAGGAUAGCAAAGAUGCAGGAGCAGACAACAAUCUCAUUGGUCAAUUUGGAGUUGGGUUUUAUUCGGCCUUUUUAGUGUCUGAUAAGGUGGCUGUUGCAACUAAGAGUCCCAAAUCAGACAAACAAUAUGUGUGGGAGGGGGAAGCUAAUGCCAGUACAUAUACAAUUAGAGAGGAGACAGAUCCUGAGAAGUUGUUGCCUAGGGGAACCCGUAUAACUCUUUAUCUCAAGCGUGAUGACAAGAAGUUUGCAGAUCCAGAGAGGGUCCAGAAACUAGUUAAGAAUUACUCACAGUUUGUUUCAUUUCCUAUAUACACGUGGCAGGAGAAGGGAUACACAAAGGAGGUUGAGGUAGAUGAUGAUCCAAGUGAAGCUAAAAAGGAUGGUGAAGAAGAGCAGACAGAGAAGAAGAAGACCAAAAAAGUGGUUGAGAGGUAUUGGGAUUGGGAACAGACAAAUGAGACUCAGCCAUUAUGGCUUCGGAAUCCGAAGGAAGUUACGACAGAGGAAUACAAUGAAUUUUAUAGAAAUACCUUCAAUGAGUACUUAGAUCCUUUAGCGUCAACUCAUUUCACUACAGAGGGUGAAGUUGAGUUCAGAUCUGUGUUAUAUGUUCCUACAAUGACACCGGGACAAGAUGAUAAGCUCGAUUUAAAGACGAAGAAUAUAAGGCUUUAUGUCAAACGGGUUUUCAUUUCAAAUGAUUUUGAUGGAGAGCUGUUCCCUCGAUAUCUAAGUUUCAUUAAAGGUGUUGUGGAUUCCAAUGACCUUCCACUCAAUGUCUCCCGAGAGAUUCUCCAAGAAAGCCGAAUUGUGAGAAUUAUGAGAAAAAGAUUGGUUAAGAAGGCUUUCGAUAUGAUCCUUGGCAUAUCAAUGAGUGAGAAUAAAGAUGAUUAUGUAACAUUCUGGGAGAACUAUGGAAAACACCUAAAACUUGGUUGCAUUGAAGAUCAUGAUAAUCACAAACGUAUUGCACCUCUGCUACGAUUCUUCUCAUCUCAAAGUGAGGAUGAAAUGAUAGGCUUGGAUGAGUAUGUCGAGAACAUGAAGCCUGAUCAGAAUGAUAUCUAUUACAUUGCUUCAGAAAGUGUAACAAGUGCCAAGAAUACGCCUUUCCUUGAGAAGCUUUUGGAGAAGGAUCUUGAAGUGCUUUUCCUUGUUGAUCCCAUCGAUGAGGUUGCUAUCCAGAAUCUAAAGCUCUACAAGGAUAAGAAGUUUGUGGACAUUACCAAGGAAGACUUGGAUCUAGGUGUGGAAAGUGAGGAGAAACUAACAGAAGUGAAACAAGAAUUUGGUAAAACUUGUGACUGGAUCAAGAAGCGCUUGGGUGACAAAGUUGCCAGUGUUCAAGUUUCUAAUCGUUUGAGUGCUUCACCAUGUGUUUUAGCAGCCGGAAAAUUUGGUUGGUCGGCUAACAUGGAGAGGCUCAUGAAGGCACAUCAUGCUGGUAAUUCAUCUCAUGUUGACUUCAUGAAAAGCCGGAGGGUGUUUGAGAUUAAUCCUGAUCAUCCUAUCAUCACGAGUUUGCAUGCUGCUUGCAAAAAUGAUUUAGAGAAUGAAGAUGCUCUUAGAGCAAUUGAUCUAUUAUAUGAUGCAGCACUUGUUUCCAGUGGAUUUACUCCUGAUAACCCUGCACAGCUUGGUGGAAAGAUCUAUGAGAUGAUGGGCAUGGCUCUAUCAAACAAAUGGGGAUCCCCACUUGACGCACAACAAAUUAGGCAACAGCCACAGACUCCAGAGACAGUUGAAGCCGAGAUAGUUGAGACAGUUGAAGCCGGUACUCAAAAAUGAAAAAUAAAAACCAUGUAGUUUUUGAUACAUGAUUUGAUGAAAUAGCUUCAGUGGUACUAUAUACUAUAUAUUUAAAUAGUGUUCUAGUGUUGAACUUGUACUAGCCUAGUCCUACUUAUUUUGAUUUGAGCUGUUGGAUCAUUUUGGAACUGAAGGAGAAAUGUUGCGUAAGAAUUAAGAUGUCAGCACGAAAUACAAAUGGUUGUGUUGGAUUGGCCGAAGUCAAUGAUAUUGUGAAUGCAGUUAUUUUUUGCCCU